CCGAUAAUAAUAAAAAAAAAUGCACAUCAAAUCAUUUGAUUGAUAACACACACACACACACACACAUAAACAACAUCAGCACAAUGUUUUUGACUUGACAAAAUAAAUGACGAAUCAUACAAACAAUAAAAACAAACGAUGAAUCUACACGAUCGUCUUGUUUUUCCACGAACAAGUCUCGAUAUAACGAAAGAUAAUUUUGAGAAAAGUUUCUAUACCAGUGUUCGUAAAGCAAUCAAUUCAACAGAAUGUCCGGUGAAAGAAAAACAUAUUCGAAGAAUUGUCAUUGGUACAUAUCUGGCCAAAUCGGGUCAGAUUUUCUGGUCAUAUGCACGACAAUUACAAUUGGAUGGCCAUCCAAUUGUUUGUUGGAAAUUUUGUCAUGUUCUACAUAAAUUAAUUCGUGAUGGCCAUCCAAAAACUAUUCCAGAUUCAUAUCGUUAUCGGACAAGAUUAUUGGAACUUUGUAAAAUGUGGGGAUUACUUAAACAUGGCUAUGGCAGACUUAUUCAAAACUAUUGUUCAUUACUAGUCAAUAAAAUUGAUUUCCAUAUUCGUAAUCCCCGUUUUCCUGGUAAUCUUAAAAUCACUGAUGAUGAUCUGGAUCGUAUCGGUGAAAAUGAUGUGAACAUUUUUUUUCAAUUAUGUUGCGAAAUCUAUGAUUAUAUGGAUGAAAUUCUAUGCUUACAGAACAAUGUUUACAAUUUGCUUGAUACAAGCUUUUCCUCUUCGAUGACAAGCUCUGGUCAAUGUCGUAUUGCACCAAUUAUUAUGUGCAUACAGGAUUCAAGUCAACUAUAUGAUUUUACGGUGAAAAUUUUAUUUAAACUUCAUCAUGCAUUGCCACAUCCAACGCUUGAGGGCCAUAGAGAACGAUUUCUAAAUCAAUUUAAAUUAUUGAAGACAUUCUAUUCCAAUUACAGCAGAUUGCAAUAUAUUAGGAAUCUUAUUGAAAUGCCACAAUUGCCAGAGGAACCACCGAAUUUUUUUGUCCAAUCAAAUCUUCAUAGCCAUGUUACACCGAUUGUGGUUAUACCGGAACAACAAGAUGAAGAACCAAUUGAAGAUAAUUUACUUGAUCUUACUUUUGAUGAUAAUGAUGCUGAUAAAGUAAAUGAAUCAUUAGUAUGGUCAUUUCAAGAUGAUGAAGCAAAUAAAACCAUUUCACAUGAACGUAAUUUAAUCGAAGAAAAGGAUCGUAUCAUUGAAAGAUUCGGUAAUAGAAUCGGUGAAUUAGAAGUAGAAAUGCAGCAAACAAAAUUUGAAUAUGAAAAACGAUUAGAUGAUUAUAAACGACAGAUUGCUGAAUUAGAAUGUGCCGCUGCCCAACGUAUGGAACGUGAAGUGGAACAAAUGAAAAUUGAAAUGGAAAAACAAAAAUCCUGUGUAGCCGAAGAACAGGCAUCAAAAUUUACAAAAAUGAAAGAAUUUUAUAACAAGUUUCGUGCCGAACAUAUUGAACUAUUGAAAACGAAAGCAGAAAACGAUAAACAAUUGGCCACAACGUUGAAAUCAUUGGAACAAUUGAAAAAUGAAAAAGAGACAUUGUUGCAACAAUUAAAUGAUCAUCAUCAAAAAGAUGUACAGAUGGAUUCCAUUGCGAAUAUCAAUGGUGAACUAAGAGUACAGCUAGAAUUUGUUCAACAACAAUAUGAAAAGGUUGCAAAUGAAUUGGAAACAUUGAAAUGUUCGAAAAGAGAUAUUGAUGACAGAUAUGAAUCAAUGAUUUCGCAAUUGGAACAUGCACGACAAGAAUUGUCCAAACAAAAACUUGAACAUUCGAAUCAAAUUGACAAAACUAACAAAACAUUUAUCGCUACACUUUUGAAUGAAUCAACAAAAAUAUCUAAACGAUUAGUUGAUGAAGAAAUGGAUUUGGGCCUUUUAUCAGUCAAUUGUAGUCCACAAUAUUUUUGUACACAAAUUCAGAUAUUGAUUACAAGAUUCAGUGAUUAUGAACGUUUGAUUCAAUCACGUGGCUAUUCUAUCGAACUAUUCCUUGAAGCAUUCCAUUAUUAUUAUCAACUUUUCUAUAUGAUAAAUUGUUCCAAAACAACUGUCCGUAGUAUUGCUAAUAUUGAUCUUUCACAGGAAUUGUCCAACAAAUGUGUUCAUUUGGUGCAGUUAAAUACCGAUUUAGUUCCAUUGAUUUUGAAUGAUUUCCAUAAAGAUAAUGGUGAUUACAUUGAAAAGAUUAAACAAUGUUUACAAGAUAUUUACGUGAUCACCCAGAAAGUAUUACCAGAAUUAACUUUGAAUCAAAAAAAUCUUGACCUCGAAUCAUUGCUCAAUAAAGAAAUGGCACAGAUGGAUCAAGCGAUUCAAGAUGCUGUAUCGAAAAUUGAACAAAUGUUAACGGCAUCAAAUGUUCAACAAACUGGAAUCAAAUUGGAAGUGAAUGGUAAAAUUCUUACCGCCUGUACAGCAUUGAUGCAAGCAAUUCGACAAUUGAUUGUUGAUUCGAAACAUUUGCAGCUGGAAAUUGCCUCAAAACAGAAAGGAAAUUUUUCUAUAAAAGAAUUCUAUCAACGUAAUCAUCGUUGGACUGAAGGUUUAAUUUCGGCCGCAAAAACUGUUGCUGCCGAUGCUAAUCUUCUUGUUGAAACAGCCGAUAAAAUCAUCUCCGGUUCUGGUAAAUUCGAAGCAUUAAUGGCAGCUUCACAAGAAAUUGCUGCAUCUUGUGCUCAACUAGUCGUCGCAUCACGUGUGAAAGCUGAUUCUUCCAGUCAGAAUUUAUCGAAUCUAUCGAAAUCAUCAAAAUCUGUGCUACAAGAAACUGGUAACAUUAUUGCUAUCACUAAACAUUGUAGUAAAUUGAUUGAAGACAAUGUUGAAACAGAUUUUUCCAAAUUAUCUUUACAUCAAGCAAAACGUUCAGAAAUGGAAUGUCAAGUUAAAGUAUUGGAAUUGGAAAAUGCAUUGGAAAAAGAACGUGUACGUUUAGCAUCAAUACGACGUGCACAUUAUCAUCUUGCAGAAUCAUUGUCAAAUUCUGAUUCAAAUUGAUCACAACAACAACACAAUCUCGUCUUGAAUUAUUUUUUAUUUGGAUAUUCUUUCAUUUAUUCUUUG